UAGAUGAACCCCUGAUCUGGUGAGAACACUACUGUGUGUAUAUUGCACAUAUUUGUUGUUGAUUUUAGCAUCUGAGCAUUUGGAGCUUUACUUCUAUUAAAAUUGUUGCAUUCAUAGUACAUGGACUACCAAGGGCAGCAUGUGUUUAUGGUUUGUGUGUUAAAGGUUAGUUAGUCAUGUGACCAGUAUAGCCACAUCACAAACUGUCCAACUGCUUAUACGGUAAGUGGAAUCAGAGAAACAUGCAUUCGUGUGCAAUGAAGAGCAGGAGCAGCACACAGACUCAUUUCUGCAUUUGCCUCUAGAGACUGCAUUUGAUAUGAUACAAAAUAAUGGAUGGUGGAAUGUGGAGGUUUGUAAUAUGUGGUUGGCGAGGUGAGAGAGGGAUUUUCUCUCUGUGACUCUUUCUCAGUGUGAGGAAUGACGCCCGCAAGAGCAUGUGCACUAAGCGAUCGCUUGUUGGGAGUUUGCUGGUCCUUUCUGUGUUUCAUAUGGGACUCGGGGUGUCCUGCGUCUCCCUGGGUGUGAUUGGGGUCACACAAACCCUGUGGCAGCAGAAAAGCCAACACUCCUUCUCACCUAUAUGGAGCGGCGCAUGUUUUCUAGUCUGUGGACUAAGUGGGAUCCUGUGUGCGAAGAAGAGAACUGGACUGACUAUGAUCCUAUUUUCUGCCUGUUGCAUCUGUGGGCUUAUCGGAGGGAUUCUCAAUGUCCAGUUUGUGAGGGCGAUGAUGAAACGGGCAAGCAGCCUGCACUCUUUUCAUCUAGCCUUCCUCUGCCUGGACAGCCUGGGCAUUCUGGGCUGCACCCUCUCCACCUGGCUGACAUGCAGACUCGCCAGCUCUGAACAGAAAAGACUGUUUCUGGAAAGAGAUUUGUCCCUGCAUCAUUCUGUGGAGAUGGGAGAGAAGGUGAAGGCGGUGUGUGUGGCAUCUCUUUAAAGACUGUGAAAUCUCUUUUGUUUUUAUUAAAACUGGAAAAGUGUUGAUUUGGUUUGUAGAGAUAAAAGUAGCAGUUAUUUGUCUAGAAAGGCUUUAUAUCAACAUUGUUUAAGCUAUAGAAAAAAUAAAUACAGGAAUAUAAUCAGUUAAAAGCAGGAGUGCCCAAACUCUGUCCUGGAGGGCCAGUGUUCUUCAUAUUUUUUUGUUCCAACCCCAAAUAAACAAACCUUAACCUCAAGCCCUUACCAGGUAUACUAGAAACUUCCAGGCAGGUGUGUUGAAGGAAAUUGGAGCUAAACUAUGCAUGACGCUAGCCUUGCAGGACUGAGUUUUGGCACCACUGGUUUUGUUUGGUGCAUAAAUCUAAAAAAAAAAUUUAUAUAAUGUUUUGUAGCAUCUAUGUAGAGUGAUAGUUAGAAAUACAACUACUUAAAUCUGACAUAUUAUGUAAGCGAUGAAGUAAAUCCAGGAGAUUGUUAUCGCAGAAUAUUACAGAGCUGUCUGGCUUCUGAUUGGUCAGUCACAACUUUUUAAAUUAUACUGAGAUAACAACUGCUAAAUAACGCAGACUCAUCUGAAACCUUCAUAUCACAUUGACUGUCACUGAAAAUGUUUUUAUGUGUAAACUUACAUCCACAUUCAUUUGUAGUUACUGGAUGAGUCUGGUUUUUUAGCAGUAGUUAUCUCGAAAUAACAUAUUUUGGAAGACAUCUGUGAAAUAUUAUAUUAUAUUAUAUUAUAUUAUAUUAUAUUAUAUAUUUAUUCUUUUUCCUUUAUGC